CUUCCCUGCUCCUAAUCGUCUGAUCAUCGUGUUUCCCCGCGAAUACUAUUUUAUUUUUGCUCUUGCCUCAUUUUCGAUCAAGCCAUGGGCUUUCUCUCUACCAGUGAUAACCACAUGGCACGAUGGAUGUAGUUCGCAGUCUUCCCAGGAAUGAUUACUCUACUUGAACAGCUUCAUGAACUGUCUCUGUCGCCAGUGUAUCGAUUGCCAUGCCAGACAUUCUCCCACUGUAUUCGAAGCGGAAUUCGUCUAUGCGACGCCAUGUCCUCGCAACACAGCGACGCUGGGCAAGAAGCUGCCGGCCACCUUGACCUUGAGGAGGCAGCAAAGGAUGAGAGCGACAACUAUGACCCUCUACCGCCACAAAGCUUGACAGCUAGCCCAACCAAGUGCUCAAUCUGUCAGAGUACCUUUCGACGGCCUGAGCAUCUGAAGCGCCACUUCCGCAGCCAUACAAAGGAGAAACCAUUCGAGUGCGCGCAGUGCGGCCGUCAUUUCUCGAGAACAGACACAUUACAUCGCCACGAGCUCAGCCACCAUAACGCUGGAAGGGAAGGUGGAAAGGAUCGUACUCAUCGCAUCACAGUGAAGACAUUCCGGGCGUGCUACAAAUGCGCACUCGCACGAGUACGAUGCAGCGGUGGCACACCAUGUGCGCGCUGCGAAAACCGAUCUCUCGAAUGUCAGUACCCAACAGAGCGACGUUCGAAGGCCAAAGCCCGAAGAGAGGCGGCUCAGUCAGCCUUGGGUCGAGACGAAGAAUUCAAUGGACAAUCUUUUCUCACCGUGGCCUCGACGUCGGUGGAUGGUUCUGCUGUACGCUCCCCGCCAGUUGGUGAAGGUUCCCUUACAAAGCCUCUUCAAUACCGCAUGACACAGUUUCAGCUCCAACUGCCAGGAGCCGGGCUGCUAAACGGAGAUGCUCCAUCAUCGCCAGCUGUGUCGGAGGCUUUCGCUCACAGCGAAGCUUUAAAGAAGCUAUCGAAAGAAACUCCUCAAAACACUGGACAAAACAUCAACGCGACAGACCAGUCGAAACGUCUCGAUAAUCAGAUGCCUUCGAUUGACAUAUCUGAUGUGGCACAAUCCACCUCGCAUGAACCCUUUUCCGCUAACUCACAAACAAAAGAGCAACGCAGAUCUUCGUCGGCUAUUGAAAACUUACACCUCUUGAAACGAAUUACAGAGCCCGUGGGCUCACCAAGUGGCGUUCGUCCAAUGUUAGCCAGGCACGGCCGUCAUGCGAGCACAACGACCAAUGGGGAUCAGCGAGGAGAGCAUGGAUCAAUAGAGCCUUUCUUGGACACGGUAGACUCAACUGUUCCAGCGAUGAACUGGCUUCCGGGCGAGGCGCCUUAUGGUACGUUCACAGGACGGACUCCUACGGCUAAUCACGCGGGACAUGAAGCUCGUGAUGGAUACAUGAAAUACAGUGCAUGGUUCCCUCCAGUGAUCCAUCCGGUCAAUGGAGGCCACGAACAUAUGCUUGGAUCCCCAGUAGCCCACACCUCGCUCAAGAGCAACAGAAACAGUCCUGGCAGAACGGGCCGUUUGACAUUCUCGAGCAGCACGAGUCGACCAGCAGAUCUAGUAGAAGAUAGAGCUUCUCGACCGCCGACAUAUAGACACCAGCAAGAUAUUUGGUUAAACUGCUCAGCAUUGUCUCCUAAUGGACAUUUUGCUGGAGGGGGAGAAAACACACCUCGGCGGUUCCUAUUUCCAAAUAUCGAGGACACUACAAUGCACGAUAUCCCGAUCGGCACGAGCCUAUUGAUCGGACCAUCGACAUACGAAAAGAUCCACAAGGCUUUUGUCCAGCUAUGUUGCACCGAAAGUGUCCUGUUCUCGCCAUUCGAGUCGGAGUAUUUCCCGAGCGCAAAUGUGCUUUCCGACUUUGUCCGUCUUUACUUUCACCACUUCCAACCCGUUUACCCCAUGUUUCACCUACCCUUAUUCGAUGCAAAUACAUGCCACUGGGUAGUAACUCUGGCUUUGGCGGCCAUAGGUAGCCACUAUGCUAGACUUCACGAAUCAGACGAAUGUGUUUCUGCAUUCCACGAGCUCCUUCGUCGAGUCAUAAUGGUAGAGAAGGAGAACCCCUGCCUGGAACAGACAUCUCUCUGGCUUGUCCAGGCAAAGCUUCUUGAUUGCAUUGGACUCAUGUACAACAGUGAUGAGCGAGCCAGAGACUCUGCGCUCGACCGAUUUGGUGAUUUGACCAGUCUGUUGAUCCGUAACCAACUGCUGAAACCAUCGGGGCACAACAAAUCAGACUUUCGUGAUAAGCCAGUGGAGCAGAAAUGGUUGAUCUGGGUUGAGGACGAGGUCAGACGACGGACAGCAUAUCUAGUCUGGCUUGUUGAUUGUACAGUUGCCUAUCACUUUGACAAACAGCCAUUCUUUUCUCUUGAAGAUGGCCAGGCCGCGCUUCCCUCCCAUGAGAGACUCUGGCAAGCGGAGUCAGCCGAUAUUUGGCAAGGGCUUUUGGAUCGAAAUCCAGGCCAAUCCGAACUCUCCCUAUACGAUGCCGUGCUGAUUAUGUAUAUUGAAAAGAGGCUGGUACCCGGUCUCGGAGGGUUGAGUCAUAUUCUGCUGAUCCAUGCCCUCUACCAACGUAUGUGGGAGGUUGGCGAUUACUUUCGUCGACCAUUAUCUUUCUGGAACCCGACCGCUGAGAAACAGUCCCGACUCACGGCGAUCCCUUCCGGCUCUGUUUGGCUUCCUGGAAUCCCCUCGUACUCCAAGUGGCGUAACAGUGCAUGUGAUUCCCUGGAUAUCCUCCACUGGGCUGCUAACAGCACAGCCACCACGGCAGCUGAUCUUCGCAACCCCACGAUUCUGCAUUUGCACUCAGCCAGGAUCGUUCUCCUUGCGCCUUUUCGUGAGAUUCGUUCUCUGGCCCACUCUCUUGUGACGGAAAAAUUUCGGUGGAGCGAACGCCAGCAGAGCCUCGAAUGGCACUUCAUCCUCCGAUGGGUUCGACAUGACCAAUACAAGGCCCGCCUUGCGAUCAUCCAUGCGGGGGCAACGCUCUUGCAUGCUCGAGGAAACACAAGUCACGCAUUCCACGAGCCGGUUGCAGUGUUUCUGGCGACACUAGUGCUGUGGGCUUAUGGUUGCUGUCAUGCUCAGCUAGCCGACCGGGUGCGGCCUGACCCCAGUCAGGAGCCCACCGUCAUCCAUCUCGACCAGCCUUGCGAUGACGAGCUGGUCCAGCUUUUUGUCCGAGAAGGACACGCCAUACAAGGCGUUCUCACAGGCGUAGGCGACAUUUGCGCGGCGCAAGGACCCGCCGGUGUUCUCCGGGCUGGCAGCGAGACGUUUGUCGAUCUAAUGUCGUGGGGAAUCUCCAGGAAACUCAAAUCUAUUCUCUCGCAGUUGGCCGAUAUAGUGAAUCCCGUUUGACUGGAACAAUAAAGGCGCUGUGCACGUUGUUUCUCUCGUGAAUAUUAACAUUCAUCUACGGAAUCCUCCAUGAUAGAACAUGUUGUUAGUCAUUUUUGAGGCUGUAUUGUAGAGAGCCAUUGACUAUUCACCCUGAGCUCAUGCUCUUGGCAGCCGAUUCACCAUGUAUUUGAUUGAUUGUUUGCUCAAGGGUUUCAGUUUGUGGGCAGUGUAGCAUCCAGUCUUUUUUACCACUCUAGUAACUAGGUAUGCACAAAAAGCUGACUAGUGUAAUUCAAAG